GAGCUCCGGAGCGGGGGUGAGUCAUGGUGCUGCCGGAGCUGGCGGCGCGCCUCAACUGCGCCGAGUACAAGAACUGGGUGAAAGCGGGCCACUGCCUGCUACUGCUGCGCGGCUGCCUGCAAGGUUUCGUUGGCCGCGAGGUGCUCGCCUUCCACCAGGGCCUGCUCGCCGCUGACCCCAGCCUGGGACCCCGCGCCACCUGCCUCAGCGGCUCGCGCUGCAGCCCGCGCGCCCGCCAGUUUCAGCCUCAGUGUCAGGUGUGCGCCGAGUGGAAACGAGAGAUUUUGAAACAUCACACCAACAGAAAUGGAGACGUCCACUGGGGAAACUGCCGGCCGGGCCGCUGGCCUGUCGACGCCUGGGAGGUGGCCAAGGCCUUCAUGCCCCGAGGACUGACAGACAAAACAGGGCCCGAGGAGUGUGACGCGGUGGCUCUCUUAAGUCUCAUCAACUCCUGUGAUCACUUCGUGGUUGAUCGAAAGAAAGUCACCGAGGUAAUUAGGUGUCGUAAUGAGAUCAUGCACUCUUCAGAAAUGAAAGUAUCAUCUGCGUGGCUUCGAGAAUUUCAGAUGAAGAUCCAAAAUUUUCUUAAUGAAUUUAAGAAUAUCCCAGAGAUUGUGGCAGUAUAUUCCAGAAUCGAACAGUUGUUGACAUCUGACUGGGCUGUUUUCGUACCGGGGGAGGAUCAGCGAGAUGGGUGUGCCAGUGAAACUGGAAUUUGCCUGAGUGCAAGCCAAGUGAAUGAAAUAGAAAUGGAAUUACUGCAGGAAAAACUCCAAGAGCUGUAUCUUCAAGCCAAAGAACAAGAGGUGUUGCCGGAAGAGAUCUUACACCGCCUGGAAGGAGUGAGAGAAUUUCUGAGAAACAACAAGGAUCUGAGCCAGGGUCUUGAGGAAGACCUGCAGAAGCUGGUUGACUUGUGCGGGCCUGCCUCAGAGGCCCCUCAGGGUGCCCCGCAUGAGGAGAAAGUUUGCGGGAGUCCUUUGGCAGCAGCCAGGCCUGGAUCUGAGGACUCCACACCCCACCACCUCAGCCCUCCUUUUCUGCGCUCCGUGAAAAACUCGCCAGAGUACCUCACUUGAGCAAACAGGAAUUUGGGUGAUGGCUCCAAGGGCUGGAAGUGCAGACUUUGCCCCAGGCACCUGCACCACCUCAGCAUUUCCUACCCCCUCCGGCACCACUGGGUCU